AUGAUGUCUGGAGAAAAGCGACCCGCUCAAACGGCCUUUGGCUCGUCUAACCAGGUCGUCGUGAAACGAAAGAAGUCGGACGCCGAUCUCAAUGAUGGCACAGCUGUUGUCAAAAGCUCAUCGCAAAAUGGAGCUCUGGUUCAAUCAGUUCCCCGCACCAGUGGGCUGGAUGCACCAAUUAUGGAGCUUUCAGGCCAUUCCGGCGAAAUCUUCUCCGUUCGAUUUGAUCCCACUGCGCAGCACAUAGCUUCCGGCUCAAUGGAUAGAAACAUCCUGCUUUGGAAUACGUACGGACAAUGCGAAAACUACGGCGUUCUUUCGGGCCACCGAGGGGCCGUCCUUGACCUGCAAUGGUCUCGCGAUUCCAAGACGAUUUUCUCCGCGUCGGCCGACAUGACACUUGCAAGCUGGGACUUGGAAACGGGCCAGAGAAUUCGGCGCCACGUCGGUCACGAAGAAAUCAUCAAUUGCCUCGAUAUUAGCAAAAGAGGACAGGAGCUCUUAGUGAGCGCAAGCGACGACGGUUGUGUAGGAAUAUGGGAUCCUCGGCAAAAGGAUGCGGUUGAAUACCUGGAGUCUGAAUUGCCUAUUACUGCGGUGUCCCUGUCGGAGACGGGAAAUGAAAUCUACAGCGGUGGCAUCGACAAUACCAUCCACGUCUGGGACCUGCGCAAGAAGGCCGUGGCUUACUCGAUGGCGGGGCACAUGGACACCAUUACCUCUCUUGAAAUUUCGCCCGACUCGCAAACUCUUCUAUCCAACUCCCACGACUCGACUGUCUGCACCUGGGAUAUCCGACCCUUCGCGCCGACGAAUCGGCACAUCAAGACCUAUGACGGCGCCCCCGUUGGCCUGGAGAAGAACCUCAUCCGUGCAAGCUGGGAUCCGAGUGGCGAGAAAAUCGCCGCAGGAAGCGGUGAUCGGAGCGUGGUUGUGUGGGAGACUAAGACUGGUAAACUUUUGUACAAGCUUCCCGGUCACAAGGGGACUGUCAACGACGUACGGUUCUCGCCGAACAUGGAACCUAUCAUUGUUUCCGCAUCGUCUGAUCGGGGUCUUAUGCUGGGUGAACUAGGCAAGUGA